AAAUCCACCACUGCCCUUCCAUACUAUUGUCUCACCGUAUACGAUGACCGACGCUCAGUCUGCGUCUCGAUAUGCUUAUGUGAAAUUCGAAUCUAACAAUUGCCCGUGGUGGGAGGAUUACACAGGCUUAGAUGCGCUCACAUUUAAGCAGCUAGAGCUGGCGUACGCACGCGCUAGGGAAUUUAUAUUGGAGCAGGUGGAAGUAUUGGUAAAGUCGCACGGAUGGUCUCCUCAGAGCGGUAUCUCGACCGCUGAGCUCUUCUCCCUCGCACGUGGGGAUCGUACGCUGUGGCUCCCCACCGCCUUUUCAGCAUUUUUCGACACGUACAAUUCAGAUUGGUGGGUUUUGCAAUUUCAAGACGAUGAGAUGUUCCCGGUCUCCUAUCCCGAGAUCGAUAAUUCCUCCACAUAUCCCGACAUCACCAUCUCCACGCUUCCAUCUAUAGUGAAUAUCUUCUACUUGAUACAGUCCUUCGCGCCCGGCAUCCUCCUUCUCGUGGCCACAGACGAGACGAAAGGGGUAUAUGUCACCCGCAGCCUUCCCCCGAUGCAGUGGAUAGAAGACAAUCUCCCGCUCCUUGAGUAUUGCCUGGGACCGAAGGUGGCAGAUAAGCUUCGCAGAGCUGCAUCCGACGAUACCAAGUCAUUCCAUAGCGGAUCGGUUGACGAAAAGGUGUGGCCAGACGACGAGCCAAUCGAAGAUCCCCUCGACGACUGGGGCGAGGAAAUGGAGGAGGAUUGGGACAGGUACGAUGACGAAUAUGAGGACAGUGCUGCAGAGGAGAGUUACAGGACGGUAAAGGAGACUUACGGGGCGGCAGAGGAGAUUUACGGGGCGGCAGAGGAGAGUUGCAGGGCGGCAGAGGAGAGCCCCAACUCGACGAACGAUUGGCACCGUGUCGCAUCAAACUGGGAUGGUUGGGAAGUGAAGGAUUACUUCACUUGCAGCGCAUCAUGCGGAUUCUGCGGUAACUGCGGUAACAAUACACCUCAGGAGACGGCUGUGGCGCACGGAUGGUGAAGUUUUGAAAAAUAUUCCAUGACGUGCUUGAGACAUACUUGAGGGAUCUUCGUAUGUAUAUAUACGUGGUUUUGGUUUGACUGACAAAAUUGAACGCUAUAUUUUUCUCUGGUC